AUGUCGGAAGGGAAUACGGCAACCUUGUUGGCAGCCCGAGCGAUCUAUAAGAAGACGGAGGGUUAUCUAUACCUCACAGAUUAUCCAUUUCGGAUCGUAUGGGUUCAUCCCGAGACGGGUGAACCCCUCGUGCAGCUUUUCACGCAAGACUGCACCAAUUUGUUCGCGAACAAGACCGGAGCCAAGCCACCAAAGCUCAAAAUCGUAGCAAACGAUGUUGAUUACAACUUUGUGUUCACGGGCGAGGAACCGCAAUGCUUUGUGAACCGAGACGCGUUUCGAGACCAAGUCAAGAUUUUGAUUCGUGAAAGCAUGACGCAGGCGUCGACGGCAGGUCCUUCAGAAGUGGCCACACCUGAUCAAGUCGCGAGUCCUAAUGCGAUGGAGGAGGAUCCUCCAGAACCAUCGACGCUGCCCCCUCCUCCUGCGGUCACCAUCCCGACGGUGGAUCCAGCAAAGGAGCAAGCGGCGAGAAUGUAUCGCCUUCGAAAACGUAUCUUGAUGCGAGAUCCAGAGCUAGCUGCGCUCCAUAGUGCGGUUGUAAUUGCUGGUAAAAUGUCCGAGAAUGACUUCUGGGCGUCGCGUCAGCAUUUACUUGACGAAGCUGCGGUCACAGAUGCUCAGAAAAAGGGCAAGUCUUCGAGAUUGGUUGAUCCCAAACCUGGCGUUUCUGCCUCUGGUGACAUCAAGAUAUCGAUCACUCCACAGCUGAUCCAGGAGAUAUUUGACGAAUGGCCGGUAGUGAAGCGUGUGUGGGUCGAAAAUGUACCAAAUAAUAUGACAAAAGAGGAAUUCUGGAAGCGAUACUUUGAGUCACAGUUGUAUCACAACCAUAGGGCUUCAGUGCGAUCUACUGCUACUCAGCAUGUUAUCAAAGCAGAUCCAAUAUUCGACAAGUAUCUCGAACCGGUCGACAACGAACUUCAACCUCGACAUAUAAGAAAUGAUGCCGUCAAUCGGCUGGUGGAUUUGGCGGCGACGGAAGAGGAUCAUACCGGAAAUAUUCGCGAUGUGACGAUGCAGGCCGGAAAGCAAAAAGCUUCACUUCCGCUCAUGCGAAAAUUCAACGAACAUUCGGAGAGGCUACUCAACACAGCUCUCGGGACCGUACAGCCCGUGCGCCGAACCAAGCUGGAGCACAUGAACGAGGCGAACGAUUAUGACGAGAUCGAUAUUGAGGAUCUACAUGGAGGAGGAGACGACCCUGGUAUACCACUCGAUAUGCAGAAUCGACAACGCUAUUUCGAAGGACGCAGUGGAGCGUCGGGAAGUGCCCCUACCGUGGACAACAAGGCUGCAGUCGUAAAUCUCAAGGGACAAAUAUUGAACUGGGAGCAUAGAUUAAAGACGGUCCAGCUGGAUGGCCAAGCAGGGACAGCUGCGUUCAAGGCUAUUUCAUCCAACAUCUCCUCUCGAACGAGGAUCAAGUCGUCUCGUCUCAAUGUAUCUCCAGAGUUCCUGAAACAGAUGCAGACGCUUGAAUCUACUACAAACGAAUAUCUUCGCCAGUUCUGGUUUUUUGUGUAUCCGACUCCAGAAGGCGUCAAACGACCUGCUCCAGAAGAACGAGCACAGAAGAUUGGAGCCAUGCGGGACCGAUUGCUGGUAAAUCAAAAGCGGAUAGAAGACCUCGUCAACCAAGCAGCGGCGAACCGUUGGGACAAAAACGGCGUAUCAGAGGCUUUCAAACCCACUCUCACCGCUGUUGACAAAGCAGUCAAUGGUAUUUACCCGAUUGGUGUCUUGCUCCUGUCCACUUCGGCUGUCAAAUGCCUCCAUUUCUUCGACCAAGAAGUCGAGAUUGUGCUCGAGCAGGAGGAUGCAGACUUUAACACGCAGUCGACAAAAUGUGCUUGUGGACAUUCGUGGCAUAGACACGGAGCUCUGGAUCGACUAGUCGACGGCGAAAUCAACCGUAGGGCUAGGGUUGCGCUGAGGAUCGACGAGUUUCUCGAUGAAGUAGAGCAUUUGGACGAUUUCAGCCAGACUGACGAUGCGGAUGAAACGAUACAAAGUCUUCGAAAGCAGAUGGAGUUACCACCUGGUGAAGAACGAGACGCCUCUUUCAAAGCUAGAGAUGGCUCACCUGACUCGAUGAUGUCUGGAGUGUCUGAGCCAGAAAAGAGCAAAAGGUCCCGCUCUCAAUCAUCAUCUGAGCUGAGUGAUGUACCAAACGCACCAGCUAGGCAACGGCGACGGAUAAACUCUUCUGACGAAGAAGAAGCCGCGGAUGACAGAGAAAAGGGAGCGCCCCUUCCGACCAAGAGCAUCACCAAAGGAUCUAAGAAAGCUCCUCCCGUUCCCGUACUAAGUGGCGCAAGAACGAAUGCACGAGGGGCAAAGAAACGGGCAGGCGGUGGCGCAUCUGGAACUGUUGCUGCCCCACAGACGAAUGGAAUAUCUGCACAUGUCCCAAAGAUCAAAGUUGAAGAUGACGCGGUUGAACUGGAAUCAGUUGCGGAAACGGCUACGACUGCCCCGGAAGAAUCAGCUCCAAUGUCAAUUGAUUUACCCCCGAAAGAGAAGAUUGUAAUGGAGGAGCAUCGAAGGGGAUAUAUUCAGUACACAGCUGUCAAGAACGAUGGCGAAGAGCGGUCGUAUAUCGUCUUGACCGGUCUCAAGAAUUUGUUUCAACGGCAGCUACCCAAGAUGCCUCGAGAAUACAUUACUCGUCUGGUGAUGGAUCGGAAUUCGAGGGGCCUUGCAAUGAUCAAACACGGAUACAAAGUCGUUGCUGGUAUCACGUAUCGUCCAUUUGCACACAGAGGCUUCAUUGAAAUCGUCUUCUGUGCUGUGUCGAGCGCCAACCAGAUCAAAGGCUAUGGUGGACACUUGAUGGAUCACUUCAAGAAGCAUAUCCAAGACACCUAUCAGAAUGUAAACUAUUUCCUAACUUACGCGGACAAUUAUGCUAUUGGCUACUUCAAGAAACAGGGCUUUUCAAAAGAUGUAACUCUUGAUCGCGUUCAGUGGGCUGGAUACAUCAAGGAUUAUGAAGGUGCUACACUGCUUCAGUGCACUUUGGUCCCUGUUGAUUAUACCACCAUUCGCGAAACACUGGCUCAACAAAAGGCAUGGGUGAUAGAGAAGAUUCGCAGUCGUUCGUCUUCACAUAUUGUUCGCCCUGGGAUUGCAGCGUUCCAAGAGGGUCACUCUCCUACCGUCCUCAAGUACGAAGAUAUACCCGGUCUCGUGGAGGCUGGGUGGACCUCACACCCAACGGUCCAAGAGCUCCCUGCGAAUAUCAAGCCUCCUGACUAUGUUCGUAUGACUCGUGCGCUGCGUGCGCUCCAGGCCCAUCAACAGUCUUGGCCAUUCCGUGUUCCUGUAAACAAGCAGGAUGUUCCGGACUAUUACGAGUUUAUCAAGAAUCCCAUGGGCGCGUAA